GUGCAUUUAACCUCAGUGUGUUUCCACCCUUCUGUAACUGCAGCUGUCAUCUGGAGGCUCUCUGUGACUCCUUUAGGACUUCAUUGAACGGACAUUUGAAGAGAUAGAGUUUCCUGACCUAACGUAACCCUGCCAUGUGGACUGAGUGUGGGAAAACAACCUGAGCUAACAACUGUUGGCGAGGUCCUGGUUUAAAGGAGGACAACACCCCUUAGGUACCAGGAUGGCACUGAAAAGAACCCCAGCCCAGGCCUCUGUGAUCCAUUCCUUCUCCAGGCCAAGAUCUGUGCACGGCAGUUUUGCAACCUUUGGACAGCCAACACGAUUCCAGUGUGAAGCCAAGGUGCAGUUUCUCCAAAGACCGCAGAUGGGAGGUUUGAUGGAAGCUGGUGCUGGUGCAGAAUUUCCCCAAGGCUGCAGACGCAAAAUGACACUUCCUGGAUUCGAGUCCUCCCAUCCAAUCACAGUGCUCCACCUCAUCAAAAAUGGCCUCCAAUCGGGCCGCGCCCCUUACACAACCCAGAAGUGUGGCUGCACCUGAAGCAAGGAAGAGAGAUCAGCCAACUGACAGGCUUCCUGGAUUUGAGUCCUCCAAUCGGGCCGCGCCCCUUUCACAACCAGGAAGUGUGGCUGCACCUGAAGCAAGGAGGAGAGAUCAGAUCAGCAAACUGACAGACUUCCUGGAUUUGAGUCCUCCCAGCCAAUCACAGUGCUCACCCUCAUCUAAAAUGGUCUACAAUCAGGCCGCGCCCCUUUCACAACCAGGAAGUGUGGCUGCACCUGAAGCAAGGAGGAGAGAUCAGACACAGUGAAUCCUACAAAAUGUGGCUGCCCCUUUGCUCUAAAGAUGGCCGCCUGCCAGCUGCUGCUAGAGAUCACUACUUUCCUGCGAGAGACGUUUCCCUGCUUACCUCGACCUCGCACUGAACCACUAGUGGAUCUGGACAGCGCCCGUCUGCGUCUGGACCCUGAGCUCGGCCGUCAUCGCUACGAGAGGAAGAUCAGCUUUGCGGGCAUCCUGGACGACAAGGACGGACACGAUUCACUCAACAGCAGCAGCCGCACGAGGACAAGAAGACCCAGGAAGUUCAAGCCCCCACACGGAAGAUCCGAAUAGGAGGAUCCCGGCUGCUUCAGAUUAAGGGUGCUCGAAGUUUUCGGGUGAAGAAAGGCGCUUCUCUGUCUUCAAUACGGCGGGCGGGGAAGCCCGAAGAGCACCGAGAUGUCUCGUCAGGACUCUGAGUCUGAGAACGAAGAGGGGCUUCUGUCUCAAACACAGAGCAGGGACACGGUCACUGACAUAGGAAGCCCGUUCAGCACCAGUGAACCCAGCAUAGAACCAGAGGGUCAGGGCUCAGGAGGAACAGAGGACAACUAUCACCGCAACAUGUCCUGGCUCCACAUCACGAUCCUUCUCUGCAACCAGCAGAGUUUCAUCUGCACCCACAUCGACUUCUGUCACCCACGCUGCCACAGCCGCUCCUGCGCCCGCCUGGUCCGCGCCAUCGAGCCGGUGUACGGGGAGACGGUGGACAGCCUCAGAGAGGACAGCACUUUUUCUAGUAACAUCGGGGCACGACCCAAGAAGAGUAAAGAGUGUUCAGACAAGUCCUGCCUGAGGACGCCGUCCACGAAGAGGAGACCUAACGACCCAAACACAGAGGGGAAGAAGGACACAGGCAAUCGAGCACUCGAUCAGAUUUUCUUACAUUCCUGUUUCCAUCCAGGUGAUGAGUUUGGCUCCAGCUCCUCUUUCGCUGCCGAUCGAAGCGGCUCCCAUCCUACCAGACGACAUGUACGGAGACAUCCAGCCCGCGGCGUGGGAGCUCCUGCUCAGCGUGGACGAACAUAUGGCAGCAGCUGCUGCUGCCAUGUUUCUCCUGUGCUGUGGCGUUUCCGCUACCAGGUGUGGCCUCGCAUGGAGGAGGGAGCCCAACAGAUCUUUAAGAUCCUUCCACCCAGCAUCAACUCCACUCUGCCGUCCCCCAUACUCGGCAUGCCCUGUGUCCCCAUUUUUGACCCUCCCUGGGUGCCCCAGAACACAGGCAGCGUUCAGGAUCCAAUCAAUGAAGACCAGUCUGGGUGUAGAGGAUGUACUGGCAGUCUAGAGGUUGCAGGUUUGAUCCUUAUCAGUGACUCAUAUUUCUAAACAGACAUGUAAUUCACUGCAUUGGCCACAUGGGAGCGCCACACACUCAGGACGUGACGUUCAGGUGACGUUCAGGUGCUUGGGACGUGUUCAGGUGACGUGCC